AUGGCUGGGUUAGACUAUCUUUUAUUCGAAGAGGCUACCGGAUAUGGUAUUUUCAAAGUCCUCAUACAACAAGAUGAUAUAGCAUCAAGAUCAAAAGAAGUUCAAGAAGCAUCAAAUGAUUUAUCUAAAUUUUCAAAAAUGGUUGAAUUGAUUUCAUUUGCUCCGUUUAAAGGUGCAGCACAAGCUUUAGAAAAUGCCAAUGACAUUUCUGAAGGUUUAGUUUCCGACUAUUUAAAAGAAGUAUUAGAACAUAAUUUACCAAAAACUUCUAAAAAAAUAAGUUUAGGAGUAAGUGAUAAAAAUUUAGGUCCUUCAAUAAAAGAAAUUUUUCCAAAUGUAGAUGUUUUAUCAAAUGAAAUUGUACAAGAUUUUUUAAGAGGAAUAAGAGUAUUUGGAGCAAAAUUAUUUAAAGAUUUACAAGAAGGAGAUAUUGAAAGAGCUCAAUUAGGGUUAGGACAUGCUUUUUCAAGAGCUAAAGUUAAGUUUUCAGUUCAAAAAAAUGAUAAUCAUAUUAUACAAGCCAUUGCUUUAUUGGAUCAAUUAGAUAAAGAUAUAAAUACUUUCUCAAUGAGAGUUAAAGAAUGGUAUGGAUGGCAUUUCCCAGAAUUAGCUAAAAUUGUACCUGAUAAUUAUCAAUAUUCAAAAUUAGUAUUAUAUAUUAAAGAUAAAUCAAAUUUAACUGAAGAUGACUUACAUGAUUUAACAGCUAUUUUAAACGAUGAUGCUGGAUUAGCUCAAAAAGUCAUUGAUAAUGCUAAAAUUUCAAUGGGUCAAGAUAUAAGUGAACAAGAUAUGAACAAUAUCAUUACAUUUGCUCAAAGAACAGUUAAUUUAACUGAAUAUAGACAACAAUUAUACAAAUAUCUUACAGAUAAAAUGCAUACAGUUGCACCAAAUUUAUCUACUUUAAUUGGUGAAGUUGUAGGUGCAAGAUUAAUUUCACAUGCUGGUUCAUUAACUAAUUUAUCAAAACAAGCAGCAUCAACUGUUCAAAUAUUAGGUGCUGAAAAGGCUUUAUUCAGAGCUUUAAAAACAAAAGGUAAUACUCCAAAAUAUGGUUUGAUUUAUCAUUCAUCUUUUAUUGGUAAAGCUGGUGCUAAAAAUAAAGGUAGAAUUUCAAGAUAUUUAGCAAAUAAAUGUUCAAUCGCUUCAAGAAUUGAUAAUUAUAGUGACGAACCAACUACUGCAUUUGGUGAAGUAUUGAAAAAACAAGUUGAAGAUAGAUUAAAAUUUUAUGAUACUGGUUCUGCACCAAUGAAAAAUACAGAUGCUAUAAAGGCAGCAUUAGCUUUGAAUAGUGCAAAUGGUGAUAAUAUGGAAAUAGAUGAAGUUGUAGAAGAAGCUGAUGAUGAAAAUGAAGAUGAUGAACCAAAAAAAUCAAAGAAAGAUAAAAAGGAAAAGAAAGAUAAAAAGGAUAAGAAAGAAAAGAAGGAUAAAAAAGAUAAGAAAGAUAAAAAAGAAAAGAAAGAAAAGAAAAGAAAAGCAGAUGAUGGAGAAGAAACACCUAAAAAGAAAAAGAAGAAAUCGAAGGAUUAA